AUGAGUGCUUCCACGGCAGGAAAUGCGGAGGUGAAGGUGGUCUCCCAGGAGAUGGCAUUGCUGAGCAACAUACUGGCAGCUUACACCUUCAUUGCAGACCAACCCGAGAGGACAGCCUUGGUGUUUCUGGGGGGUGUCUGUGUCGGCCUUCUUGUCACGCUCUGCGCCAUCGUCUUCCAGAUACACUGUCGAGCAGACUGUCACUAUGGCAACAGUAAGCACUCCCACCAUCGCCACAGGAACAGGCAUCAUCACCAUCGCCAUCACAGCUGUCCCGUCCAUCAGCCCAUGGACAGUAAUCCAGACAGCACUGCUGUUGUUGCCUCUGGAGGGACCGUGCCUGCUGGGGACAGCGAGUCAGAGGACUGGGAUGACACGUCUGACCUGUCGGCACGGAGACGCAGGCGCUUUGAGAGAGCUCUACUGCACGCCACCAUGUUCACAUCAGCUGAGGAGUUGGACCGGGCCCAGAGGCUAGAAGAGCGGGAACGGAUUCUGCGAGAGAUCUGGAUGAAUGGACAACCAGACAUCAGUACAGUCACUCAAAGCCUCAACAGAUAUUACUGA